GUUCGUUUCCUCUCUCAAGCUUUGUUCGUUGAGCAUUCGAGCGAGAAACAGCUGUUUUCCAGAUCUAAAAGGCACCGACAAGGCGUCGACGAAUCGAAGAUGGAGAAGAAUUACUCGCACCCGGGAGAUUCUGUUAUUAAUCUCAAACACCUUCCCCCUAUAGAGCCAUCCAGAAUCGCUAACUCCUCCUUCAACCUUAAGUCGAGCAAAUCUAGCACCAGUGCUGGUCCUAAAUUUGGGAAACCUAAAUUUAAUCGGGGGCUGAAAUCGUUUAAAUAUGAAGAAGCACUCAGAAAAUCAAAUUCUGACUCUAUUUCAUCUGGCAAAACAAGUGAGACCCGCGGGAACACCACCCCUGAUUCAGACUCCGCAGAAAACGGUAUGAAGCAAGGAUCCGCUAGGUCAACUCUGUAUGAGAUCUGUGCUGCAAACCAUUGGAAGCCCCCUGUAUUUGAGUGCUGCAAAGAGGAAGGCCCCAGUCAUCAAAAGAAAUUCACGUUCCAGGUUACUAUUGAGAUAGAAGCAGGACUGAAAACCGUUGUAGAGUGCUUUGGUUCCCCUCAUCCGAAAAAGAAAACAGCAGCAGACCAUGCAGCUGAAGCAGCAUUGUGGUUCUUAAAGCAUCAAGGUCAUGUUAGGAAAAACAAACAGAGGGGAUAAUAGUCACUGAAUAUUAUCAUGAUCCAAAACUUCCACAACCACCAAUAUUUCAUUCUUCAGUGAUGCUCUCUAGACUGGGUUGCCAAAGUAAAGAAGACGAUAAUCGCCUAGGAGAGCCUCCUAUGCUAUUUCCCGUCAAAUCUUGUGUCCUCUUCCUGGUUAGUGCAUUGUCGCAAAAUCCAGUUUCUUUCGGCAAAUAAUCAGUUGCUUGGGAAUUUUAUUCCUGGAGAUACGAGAAGUAGAGAUCAUACCACCAUCUUCCUCGUUGCUGAGUUGGACGUUCCUAAUUUCGUGAAAUGGAG